AUGCGCUACCCCGAGGCAGUGGCCAUGUCGUCUAUGGAGGCAGACACCGUGGCAGACGCGCUGCUCACCGUUUUCAGCAGAGCUACCAGGGACCAGGGGAUGCUUCUCAUCCCCACAAGGAAGCAGAAGCUGCAAGCUGCCUGGGACGGCCCCUUCAAGGUCAUCAGACAGAUCCAAGGUUCCUGCUGCUUGGCCCCUGCUGAUCUGUCCUCCCCCCACCCCCCCACCCCCUGCCAGGACAUCAUUGAGGACAAACUGGACAAGAAUCUGUGGCCCUUUUUGUCGGACCCGGUCCCUACCACCAGCUCCCAGGCUGCUGUCAGCGCCCGCUUUAGGCAUUGGCACAAGAACAAGCCAGCGGCCGAGUACCGGACGGGCCCGCGCCUCAUCAUUUACGUGCUGGGUGGGGUGUCCAUGUCUGAGAUGCGCUGUGCCUACGAAGUGACCCCGGCCAUCAAGGGCAAGUGGGAGGUGGUGAUCGGUUCCAGUCACAUCCUGACCCCCAAGCGCUUCCUGGAUGACAUCCAAACCCUCAACCAGCUGGACCCCGAGGAGGCCUAGAAGCAGCCCCCUCCCCCCAGAGACUCUGCCCCCCACAGUUUGCUGCCCCCAGCUCCACCUGCUCUUCUCAACAAGGCAUCUUCCCCCCUA